CAGCCUGCCCGACCGCCUACUGCGGCAGACAGUGCGACACUUUAAUUCCAAGGUUGACCGUUGGCGGACGCCCUCCUUGGUCGAUCCGAUUUCGGAUUUACGCCUCUGCGACGAUAAUCGUCUGUACUCUACGUAUUACUAGACGAAAGCGAAACUAAUAAAUUGUUAAUAGCUAUUAAGUAUUCUUAGUUUUCGCGCUACUAGUGUACGACCGAUAAUAAUCGUUCUACCGGUCUGGUAUCGUCGUAUCUUCGCCGAGUACUAAAAUAUUCGUAGUUCUGCGUCAUGGAGUUCAAGUUUGACAUUAAGAAUGUGGCCACCGAAGAGGUGAUGAAGAUUGACAACACGCUGACGGCCUUGGGACACGAAAAAAAUGAAGACUUAAAAAGCAUAAUGAAACUGAUCAUUGACGAGAUGGGUAAAGCUUCGGCCAUUGCUCAAGAAUUGAAGAUGCCCAUAACCAGCGGCGACAAGCUAGCCAAUUCCGAUCACAUUCUCUACAUGAUGACAGAACACGAUAAACCUGAACAUUUCAGUGUUGUUGGAAUUUUGAAGAUGGGAUGGAAAAAGUUAUACCUCUAUAACAAAGAAGGCUUGCGGUCAGAAGCAAUGGUCUACUGUUUGUUAGAUUUCUACAUACAUGAGUCCAAACAGCGUAAAGGUUAUGGAAAACGUUUGAUCGAAUGCAUGUUACAGGAUAUAAAUUUAGAAGCCAAACAUUUGGCUAUUGACAAGCCAACUAAAAAAUUAUUGCAGUUUAUGUGGAAGCAUUAUCAACUAUCCAAAUUGGUUAACCAAGGAAAUAAUUUUGUAAUAUAUGAAGAAUUUUUUGAUGACGCACUAGACGAAAAGAAUCAUGACAAUAGUGGACAUAGAGCUGUAUCAUAUAAGCGACAGGCAAUGUUUGGACGGCAUGGGGCUCAUAAACAUCAUGAUACAAUGGGCGAGAUAGUUCAAGGUGAAGGCGAUGCUGCGUUUGUGAAGUUCAAAUACAACCAAGACACAGAUUUCGUGGAUCACCAGUUCAAAGAAACUAAUCCACAUCCUGAAAAUAGUAAUGCAUUCAAAACUGACAAAGAUGGAAACUCCGUGAAACGAGAUCUUAAAUUUCAUCACAACUCUCUGUGGUAACCAAUAGUUAAAGUAUAUCCAAACAAUUGUGCUGGGUUCCAAUCCGCAUUCACAAGUUCAAUUGUAUAGAUAUUUUUGUUUUGUUCAAUGUGUAACAGCUAAUAAUUUAACAACUUAAUCCAAAUGCAACUUUUAAAUAUUCUCUAAUAUUAUAUACUGUACUUCAAUAAUAUUCAUCAAUUUUUUUUGUGAGCAAUUAUUUAUUUUUUAAUGUAAUAGUCUAUUUAUUGCUAACAACAAUGCUGCUAACUGUAUAUUGAGUUCUACAUUUUAACAAGGCUGAUAAUUUUGUUUAAUUUUACUUUUUUUGUAUCAAGCUUUUGUAUACGUUUAUAGACAAUAGCUUCAAACGGCAUUCUAAUAAUUAUAUUUUUAUUUUUGGUAA